ACCUUCAAAGCAAGGAACCCCAUAUUCAUCACACACUUCCAAACCCUUUUCCCCCAUUUCUCCAUUAAUGCCUUCUUCGUCUUCUUCAUUUUCUUUCUGAACUCAAAAUUUUCUCGCACAUUUUCUCACCCAUUUUCUCGGGAAAAUGAGUCUCAAGCUUCUCACAAUCUCCUUCCUUCUAACAUCCACUCUCCUCUCUUUUUUCUUCAUCCAAACAAAAUUAACCAAACCCAUCGCCGCCAUUACUCCCCCAAUCAACUCCCUAUACUCCCCCAAAUCAAAUCUCUCCUAUCCAGUUUCCUUUGCAUACCUGAUCUCCGCCUCCGACGGCGAUGCCAGGCGCCUCAAACGCCUCUUGUCUGCCAUCUACCACCCCGGAAACCACUACCUCAUCCACAUGGAUCAGGGAGCCUCCGCCUCACACCACCGCGAGAUCGCCGAGUUCCUGACUCAGAAUCCCGUUUUCCGACGAGUAGGGAAUGUUUGGAUGGUCGGAAAACCUAACUUGGUCACUUACAGAGGACCCACCAUGCUUGCUACCACUCUGCAUUCCAUGGCGAUUCUUUUGAGAACUUGCAAAUGGGAUUGGUUCAUCAAUUUGAGCGCCUCUGAUUAUCCCCUGCUUACUCAAGAUGAUCUGAUUGAUGCCUUCUCCGAUUUGCCGAGAGAUCUGAAUUUCAUUCAACAUUCAAGCCGUCUGGGUUGGAAGCUGAAUAAAAGAGGGAAGCCUAUCAUGAUAGAUCCAGCGCUUUACAGCAUGAACAAAUCAGAGAUUUGGUGGGUUAUCAAGCAAAGGACUCUCCCCACUGCAUUCAAGCUCUACACAGGUUCAGCAUGGACAAUACUAUCAAGAUCAUUUGCAGAGUAUUGCAUUGUGGGUUGGGACAAUCUUCCAAGAACUCUCCUCCUUUACUACACCAACUUCGUUUCCUCUCCGGAGGGAUACUUCCAGACCCUAAUCUGCAACUCCGAUCACUACCGAAACACCACCGUCAACCACGAUCUUCACUACAUUGCUUGGGACACGCCUCCCCGCCAACACCCCCGCUAUCUCGGCCUCCCACACUACAAGAAGAUGCUCACCAGCAACCGCCCCUUUGCCCGAAAGUUCAAGGACAACGAUCGCGUGUUGGACAAAAUCGACCGCGACAUCCUCAACAGACGUCAUCGUGCCUUGUUUUCCUACGGCGGGUGGUGUUCCGGGAAUAACCUGUUCGGGACUGGGUCUUGCUCGGGUUUUGAAGAAGAGAACUAUGGUGUGUUGAAGCCUGGACAAGGGUCUAGGAGGUUGAAGACUUUGCUCAAUAGGAUUCUUUCUGUUAGGUACUUCAAGAAGAUGCAAUGCAGAUAGAUAAAUACUAUUCUUUGCUUCCCACUCCCACUACCACUCUUUUGUUUGACUUUAUAUAAAACAAAUAACCAUGUUUUUUGUUACC